AUGAAACAAUUAACUAAUCUUAAUGUUCGACAUAAUGAUAUUGAUGAGGAGGGAGCCAAGUAUAUUAGUGAAUUGAUGAAUGUAAGCACACUUGAUAUUAGUGGUAAUUCUAUUAAUAAGAGGGGAGCCAAGUAUAUUGGUGAAAUGAAACAAUUAACAGAUCUUGGAAUGUAUUGUUGUAGCAUUGGAGUGGAAGGAACAAAAUAUAUUUCAUCAUUGAAUCAAUUAACUCAUCUUUCUAUCAACAUAAAUAAUAUUGGGGAUGAAGGAGCCAAGUACAUUGGCCAAAUCAAACAAUUAACAGAUCUUAGCAUAUGUGAUAAUAAGAUUGGAAGUGAAGGAGUAAAAUAUAUUGGUCAAUUGAAAAAUUUACUUAAACUUUACGUUUCUUGCAAUGAGAUUGGAGAUAAUGGAGCUCAAUUUAUAAGUGAAAUGAACCAAUUGACUAAACUUGAUAUUUCGAGUGUUAAUAUUACACCAAUAGGUAUAAAAUAUAUCAGUAAAAUGGAGCAUUUAAUUGACCUAAUGAUUAGUGAUAAUAAUAUUGAUUCGAUGGGCGCAAAACAUAUCAGUCAAAUGAAAUUAACAAGUCUUGAAGUCUAUAACAAUACCAUUGAUGUUGAAGGAGCUAAAUAUCUAAGUGAAAUGGAACAAUUAACUAAUCUUGAGAUAUCUAAAAAUGAAAUUGGUGACAAAGGUGUACAAUUCUUAAGUGGAAUGAAGCAAUUAACCAGCCUUGACAUAAAUGAAAAUAAGAUAAGCGACGUGGGAGCCAAAUAUAUUCUGGAAAUGAAGAAUUUGAUAGAUCUGAGUGUAUUUGACAAUGAGAUCAGUGAGGAUAUAAUUGAACGUUUAAGAGAAAUGAAACAGUUAACUUAUCUUGAUAUUUAA